AUGGAAACUCAAAUAUGCUCAUUUCUAAAAUGCGAUAGGCCAGCAACAUCUUUAUGCAAAACAUGCCAGGACACUUAUCUAUGCAGAACCCAUAUACAAGAGCACGCUGAUUCCUCAGAUGAAGACCACCUUAUUAAGUCCAUCUCAAAAAGACUUUUAAAUGAGAUAACUCUUAUUAAUAACCUUAAACAAGCAAAAGCAAAGAUUGAAAAAGCUAAAGAAAACGCUAUAAGCAUCUUUGCUAAUUGCAUUGAAAAUCUUGAAAAUUUGUUUACAGAAAGCAUGGAGGCCUUACAAAUGGAAUCAGACAAGAUCAGUGCAAAAAUUGAAUGCGUUUUAAAUGGAGAAAAUAUCAAUCACCAAGAAGUUGUUGAAUAUUUAAUUAAACUACCAGACAGCUUGCUUGAGGAAGAAGUUUAUGCAUAUAAGAUAUUUGAAUCUAUUUCUAAUAUAUCAAAAAUGAUAAAUUGCUCUAGGACAGCUGAAAUUGAUUUGAGAUGUAAAUACUUUGUAGCUUUAGCUAAUGAACUCAAUUGUGCUUGAGAUGAAUUAAUGCGCAUUGAAAAAAGUGAAAAAAUCACUUUAAAAAUAAUAAUUUCAAAUGGAAAAGAGAAAAUAAGCAAAAAAAUUGACGCUUAUUCUGGCUGAAAAGUCUCAGCUUUAUUUUGAAAAAUUAAUGUUUUAUGUGGAAUUUCUAUUGAAAAGAGUAUCAUCUUAUCUUAUCUUAUGGAAUUUAUAUCGCUUAACGUCCACUACGGGGUUACGACCCCAGGUUUAUCACUCGCCUUUCGUCGCAUCGGGCCCACCAGUCCGCUGGGGACAGACUCGCUUCGAUCUCCAAGGUGCUUCUAGGGCAAAUGUCCACGUCUUCGACGGCUCAUGAAUGAGCUACUUGCUUGUACAUGGGUUGCUUUUCCGAAAAACCCAAAAAAUGGAUUUUUCUGGUCAGCUAUCGGCAAAAAGGAAAAAUACAAAGCCUGGGACGUAACGCCCAGUUUCACGCUAGGGAGUUGCCCGAAUGGUCCAGAGGACUUUGCUGGGCUUCCCCUUUCCAACCUUGUACCCUCCUUUCCCACGAGGAAAAAUCCACCCCUGAGAUUAGACUAGGGCUAGGCUCUGAAAGCUACCAGAAUUGCUUACCUAACAUUGCUGUCCAUCUCUGAAAUGGUAAAACCUUGCCGGAUAUAAUUAAAAUAUGAGUCGAGGCUGCAUGGCCGGGAGGCCAUGCCCAGACGAAGACGCCAUAUUUUAAUUGAAAAGAGUAUCAUCACCUAUAGAGAUUUAUAUUUAAAUUACCAACAAAGUAAGAAUUUUCAUCUUUCUGAGUCUCUUUUUGAAGAUAAUGAUACUAUUUAUAUUUUAUUAGACACAAAUGAAAUUAAUAAAUCAGAAAGAGCUGAUUGUGCAUUAUCUAUUGAUCCAUAUUUUCAAAAGAGGGAUACAAUAAUAUUGCAUCUUAAAUCUACUGAAGGCUUAAGAUGAACUAUAGAAACAUCUUUAAUGGCUAAUUAUUCAGAAUUAGCAAAACAAAUAUAUUUUGCUUUCGGUAUUAAAACAGAAGAUCAAAGAAUAAAUUAUCAAGGAAAAAGUCUCACAUCUCAAGAUUUCAAAACUAUGACACUUAAAGAUUUGAAUUUUAAGAACUAUUCGUCAAUCCGGGUUUCUAAAGCCACAAAUUAA